AUUUGGCCAAUGUGGGAUACAAGACGCGUCUGCUAACUACUCCCAUCAUGGAAGUUGACCCCACGGCGAGCACCAGCACUGCUGUAAUAAGCACACCGCCAAUCACGUUCCAGGCGGAGAUUGAAACCUGGAUUGACCUCAGCUUCGCUUGGGCUGGGAAGCCCUACAGCCUGAGAAUUGCCGAGUCGGACAGUGGAGAUUUGCAGUCGAAGUGGACUCCAGCUAAGAAGUUUACACUCAUUGGGACACCCGAGGGAGAUGAAAUCAAGGAGCUUGAAUUGUUGGCCGACAUCGUCAACAACAUUGAUCUCGAUCCAGAAGAUCCCAAGCUUUAUAAAGCCUAUCAUAACGACCCGCGGAAUGUGCGCAAAGUUCAGGAAGCAACGUCUGCACUCACUGUGAACGUUAUACAUCCGGUCCGAGAAGGAAAGAAGUUGCUCGUUCUCGAUAUCGACUACACGAUUCUGGACACGAAGCCCUUGACAAGCGGAAGUCUUCCUCCCUCCGAAUGUGCCAGACCACACCUUCACGAGUUUCUCGAGGCCGUUUAUCCCCAUUACGAUAUCUGCAUAUGGUCGCAGACGAGUUGGAUCUGGCUGGAAACGAAACUGGUAGAGCUGGGAAUGAGCUUGCAGAUCUCUUUCGUGCUCGACAAAACCCCGAUGUUUACAGUCUUCAGCCAACGAGAUGGCAAACCCUGGUCUCAUUCAGUCAAGGCGCUCCAAAUCAUCUGGAACCAUUUCCCUCAAUUUGAUUCCUCGAAUACCAUUCACAUUGAUGAUCUCAGCAGAAAUUUUGCACUGAAUCCCCAAAACGGCUUGAAGAUAUCCGCCUUCCGUGGCGCGCAUACACGCGAAGCUCUGGCAGAUCGCGAGCUGGUCAAACUCGCUCGCUACAUGGUGCACAUCGCAAGCAUGGACGACCUCGGAUCUCUCCAUCACACCAAGGUUCUGGAUGGCGAACAAUUUGUGAGGGUCACAAUACUUACUGAGGUUCGACAGGAUUGGCACAAGGUUGUUAGAAAUUUGCCUAGCUCAGAGACCUCCGAGGGCUCAUAA